CCAAAUACAAAAUUCAAGUAGACAUACCCAAAAAAUAAAUUAAUUGCUGGCCCAAAACUAAUAGUAAAUAUUUUUUCAUGAAAAUAAAAGAUUGAAAUACAAAUUGAUGAAAAUGGAGUUGUAUUUCACUUGGGAUAUUCACACGAUUGAGAAGAAGAAAAGAUAAGAGAAGAGGACGGAUGAGCUAAUCGAAGAAGAUGACAUCCAAUAUUCAUUUACUAAAACCCUCUUUCUCUCCUCCUAAAACCCUACCCACAUACUACUCUUCAUCUCCAUUCACCGCUUUCAAUUUCCACCUAAAACCUCGCCGGAAUUCCCUCUAUAUUGGUUCAAAGCCUUUCAAUGUCCACCUCUGUAAAGCUGCUGCAUCCCCUUCCAGUUCCAAUUCUAACUCUGCUGGUGAUGAAACUGAAUCAGCUCAGCAGCUGUUUGAGAAAUUGAAGGAGGCAGAGCGUGAACGGAUAAAUAAUUUAGAGGAGUUUGAAAGAAAGGCAAAUGUUCAAUUAGAGAGGCAGCUUGUGCUGGCUUCAGAAUGGAGUAGGAAAUUGCUGGCCAUGCAGGGAAAGCUGAAGGGGACAGAGUGGGAUCCUGAAAAUUCUCAUAGGAUAGACUACAGUGAAUUCCAAAACCUUCUGAAUGCAAACAAUGUGCAGUUUAUGGAGUAUUCAAACUAUGGGCAGACAGUUUCAGUGAUUCUGCCAUAUUACAAGGACGGAAAAACAAAUCGUUCAGGAGGGGACACUAAAAAAGAAAUUGUUUUCAAGCGUCAUGUCGUUGACCGGAUGCCAAUAGAUAGAUGGAAUGAUGUUUGGAGGAAGUUGCAUCAACAACUUGUAAAUGUUGAUGUGUAUAAUGUGAAUAACAUCCCUGCUGAAGUUUAUUCUACUGUCGCGACAGCAGUUGUGUGGUCUAUGCGGCUGGCACUUUCAGUUCUAUUGUACAUUUGGAUUGAUAAUAAGAUGAGACCAAUUUAUUCAAAACUAAUACCUUGCGAUUUGGGCAGCCCUCCCAAAAAGAUAAAAGAGCCACUCAAGCAGCGUGCCCUUGGUUCAUUAGGAAAAAGCCGUGCAAAAUUCAUAUCAGCAGAAGAAAAGACUGGUAUAACUUUUGAUGAUUUUGCUGGCCAAGAAUAUAUUAAGAGAGAACUUCAAGAGAUUGUUCGAAUAUUGAGGAAUGAAGAAGAGUUUCAAGACAAAGGGAUUUAUUGCCCAAAAGGUGUGCUUCUCCAUGGUCCUCCUGGAACUGGCAAAACACUUCUGGCAAAAGCUAUAGCUGGAGAAGCAGGAUUACCUUUUUUUGCUGCUAAUGGUACUGAUUUUGUUGAGAUGUUUGUUGGCGUGGCUGCUUCACGUGUGAAGGAUCUCUUUUCCAGUGCCAGGUCAUUUGCUCCUUCUAUUAUUUUCAUUGACGAGAUAGACGCAAUUGGCAGCAAACGCGGUGGACCAGAUAUUGGUGGGGGUGGUGCAGAGAGGGAACAAGGGCUUCUUCAGAUACUGACAGAAAUGGAUGGAUUUAAAGUGUCAACAUCACAGGUCUUAGUUAUUGGUGCAACCAAUAGAUUGGAUAUUCUUGAUCCUGCCCUGCUGCGAAAGGGUCGUUUUGACAAGAUUAUUAGGGUUGGUUUGCCCUCAAAAGACGGUAGAUUGGCCAUAUUGAAGGUGCAUGCUCGGAACAAAUUUUUCCGGUCAGAAGGGGAAAAGGACACUCUAUUGCAGGAAAUUGCAGAGCAAACAGAAGAUUUUACUGGAGCAGAACUUCAAAAUAUAUUGAAUGAAGCUGGAAUUUUGACCGCAAGGAAAGACUUGGACUAUAUAGGACGAGAUGAACUCCUUGAGGCAUUAAAGAGGCAAAAAGGCACAUUUGAAACGGGUCAAGAAGAUAGUACUGAGGUCCCUGAGGAGUUAACACUAAGACUAGCUUAUAGAGAAGCUGCUGUUGCAGUUCUUGCUUGUUACCUUCCAGAUCCCUACCGACCAUUCACUGAGACGGACAUCAAAUCCAUUCGUAGUCAGCCCAAUAUGCAAUUUGUGGAGAUUGGAGGCAGAGUGUUUAAAAGGAAAGCAGAUUACGUGAACUCAAUAGUCCGUGCAUGUGCUCCCAGAGUAAUUGAGGAAGAAAUGUUUGGAGUUGACAAUCUAUGCUGGAUCUCUGCAAAAGCAACUUUAGAAGCUUCCAGGCUUGCAGAAUUUUUGAUACUGCAGACAGGGUUGACUGCCUUGGGAAAGGCUUAUUACAGAUACCAGAGAGAUCUCUUACCAAAUCUCCCUGCUAAAAUUGAAGCACUAAGAGAUGAGUACAUGCGAUAUGCCGUGGAGAAAUGCUUAUCUAUUCUUAAGGAGAACCACGAUGCUGUAGAGACAAUUACAGAUGUGUUACUUGAGAGAGGAGAGAUCAAAGCCGAUGAAAUUUGGAGCAUAUACAAAAGCUCACCCAAAAGUCCUCAGCCUACUGUGAGUCCCAUCGAUGAAUAUGGAUCCCUUUUAUAUGCUGGACGGUGGGGAAUCCAUGGAGUUUCACUUCCAGGGAGGGUGACGUUUGCACCUGGAAAUGUUGGAUUUGCAACUUUUGGUGCACCUCGACCUAUGGAGACCCAGAUAGUUAGUGAUGAAACAUGGAAGCUAAUAGAUGGCAUAUGGGACAAAAGGGUCGAGGAAAUGAAAGCUGCUGUAUCACUAGAAACUGAAGAAGACAAGGAGAAGCCAAAACUUCUGAUGGCCAGUCAUUUCCUAUAGAUCCAAGUAUUCGAUACAGGCAGGAUGCUGCACUCUUCAAUCAUUGUUUGUUCUAGAUAUAAGGAUCCAAACACUCACAUUACUCGGAGAAGCAUUUUGACAUCAGUAGCAUAUUCAGGUAUUUUGAGAUCAGAGCUAAACUCCGGCUAUGCUAGAGGAUUGGAUGGUGAUAAAUUGUAUCGAUGAUGCUAGCCUUAAACAUUAGCCAAACUGCUUUGGGAAAUGCUGAGCUGAAAAUUAACAUCCCCAGUAGCACAAGGAGCAGGUGCUCAAGAGGGGUGAAUAACCUAUUCUAGAUGAUGGGUUACAACUUACAAGGUGCCCUUUUAGUCCAGUCAGUCAGAUCAACUUACCUGGGUCCCAAGCAGGUUUCGGAAGGUGCCUAUUAGUGAAAUUUUGUAAAUUAUUCCCCUACACCAGCUCGAACCCCCUUCUCUAUCCAUUAAAGUCCCAUCCAGAAUUUUGUAAUAUCUGGAGAUUCAACUUCCUCUGUUUCAGAAUACUGUUGCAGGGAUGUUAUAGUGAUGAUCUUAUUGUCAUAUUUAAUAUUUGGGAACUUAUAGUUUUGCUGUAUUCUGAACUCAGAUUCAUUGUUAUCUGUCAUCAACUAGCACGAUUAAAUUUGAUACUUACUAUUGUCUGCCUGUAUUUGUUUCACACAGCAGACAUGCAUAAAAUGGAAUAGUUGCCCUUAAUUUUGGGUAGAAA